AGAACAGCGAGUAAAUCUUAAAAGAUGGCGGGCCACUUCGGCUGACUGCUAAGGAAUAUAUAACAAACUGGUGUGUUUCCUUGGAUUAAAUUAUCACCAUGCAGCCGCCACCAAGAAAGGUCAAGCCCAAUGUUGCCCUCAAGAACACACAUGCUGACCAGGUGUCCAAACUUCAGAUCAAGCAUCAGCAGGAGUGUGAUCUGUUGGAAGAUAUCAGGACGUUUUUCUCAAGGAAAGCUGUGUUAGAGAAGGAAUAUGCUCAGGGUCUACAGAAAAUAACCAGUCAACUUUUGAAGCGAGAUUUUCCAGCCCAACCUGACCUAAGUAGUGAUGAUGGACAAGAGCACAAUCUGGGAGAGGGGACGACUGUUACAGCUGUCUGGCGCUCCAUCUUGGUGGAGUCUGACCAGCUGGCCAAGGCUAGACUCCAGGCAUCCGAGGUCUACGCUGAGAAGGCAGCCGAGGCUCUCAAGCCUGUCAAGGCUGCCAAGAUGCAGUGUUUUAAAAAGGUGAUGCCCCAGUUAGCUGUGAUCCAGACUGAGGUGGCCCAGUGUGUCAUGGAGCUGGUCAAGACACAGAAGCUGUACCAGACAGAGGGGAGUUUGGCCAAUGAUGCAAGGGUCAAGGUCUGCGAGGCUGAGGACAAAUUGAAAAGAAAAUCCACUGGAAUCUUCCAAUCACUCUCUGGUUUACAGAAAACAUGUACCAAGCUGCGGACUAGGACAGAGGCCAGUGAGGUGAAGGAGACGGCCGCCCGCAAUGAAUACCUUCUGACCCUUGCAGCUGCCAACGCCCACCACAUCCGCUACUACAGCACAGACCUGCCAGAUGUCAUGAAGACCAUGGACUGUGAUAUUUAUGAGAAAAUCCAAGAAUCUCUGACUGUGGCUGGUCACACUGCAGCAGACUUGGCCGAGGCAGAAAGCAAAAGUUUCAAGACAAUAGCUACAGAGGCGGCCAAGAUCUGCCGAGAGUUUAGCCUACAGUGUUACCUCUUCCAGAACCCUGUCUUUACCAACCUUGUGCAAUAUCAGUUUGAACCUUGUCAGGGGGACAUGUGCAAUAAAAUCAGCAGUGACCAUAACGCUGGCCCUGACCUUGAGAAAGAGGCCAGGAAAUGGGCAACAAAAGUGGCCAAAGAAACUCGAGCAAUACGGGACUACUACAGGCAGAUCACAGUUUUACAGAACGCCAAGUCUGGUGACAAGACCUCUGAUACAGGAAGCCAGGAAUCUACAACAGUUGACCCUGAGGUCAAGUUGGAAGAGGUCAAGGUCAACUUGAGAAAAGCUGAGACGGCCAAAUUAAAAGCUGAGGCAAGGCUAGAGGCAUUGAGGCUAGGGGGAGUGAACGUUGAGGAGUGGAUGACCCAGGCCCAGAUGGAGUCUCUAGCAGCUGAAGAGAGUGGUCUAGCCAGGACACCAAGCCAGGCGUCCCUCAGGACGGAGAGCUCUGGAGGGCAAAGUGGCACUGACGAGCAGGACCAGACUUACACCCACUAUGAUGACGACGAUGAUUUUAUUGACGAGGCCUUCAAUGCCAGCAGUGGUAGCAGAUCAGGCCGCGUCUACCCCAUCUACUGCAAGGCACUGUAUGAGUUUGUGGCCAGCAACUAUGAUGAGAUGACCAUUAAAGCUGAGGAGGACCUUGAACUUAUUGCAGAUGGUGAUGGGGAGGGCUGGGUCAAGGCCAAAAACUCGCUGGGCCAGGAGGGCUACAUACCAGAGACUUACGUCGACCUUGGGGGUCUGUCCACAGCCCCAGCUCCCCUGGGGGUGGAGGCCCUGAAUGCCAUCAAUGACACACUGAAUGACAUGACGUCAGGCCAGCAGGAGCAGCGUGAGGUCCCAGACCUGCAGUCCCCUGACCUACAGCAGGACACCACCUCGUCCUACUCAUCUGGUGACCUUGAGGUCCAGCAGACUACAGAGGUCAUGGUCACAGACAAGCAGCCUGUGCCCAUGACAGUUGUCACUAAUAGUGAAGUUUCCUGGGCACGAGCACUCUAUGACUACGAGGCCCAGACAGACGAAGAGUUGUCUUUCCUGGAGGGGGCACUCAUCCGAGUCGUACGGAAGGAUGAUAAUGGUGUGGAUGAUGGAUUCUGGGAGGGCGAGUGUAACGGCAGGAGAGGUGUCUUCCCCUCUCUUGUGGUGGAGGAGAUCUCUGGACCUACGCUGGAUCCUCUGUCUCCGCCCUUGAUGCCAAUAGCUCCAGACUUCUCUAUCCCCCCUCCUGUACAGAUAACUCUACCUACACCAGAUGCUGAGCCCCCUCCUCCCCCAGUUCUAGCAAAUGGAGAAGAUUCCAAGCCUGUUUCCUUUGUCACUGCUGAUCAGCUGUCAAAGAAAGUUUACUUCCAUGCUGGAUAUGAUCACACACCCAGGGUACACACUCAGUCACAGACCAGCACAGAUGUUCAACACAGCAACACACCUGGACAACACCAGCCCUACAGCAACACACCUGGACAACACCAGCCCUACAGCAACACACCUGGACAACACCACAGCAACACACCUGGACAACAGCAGCCCCACAGCAACACACCUGGACAACAGCAGCCCCACAGCAACACACCUGGACAACAGCAGCCCCACAGCAACACACCUGGACAACAGCAGCCCCACAGCAACACACCUGGACAACACCAGCCCCACAGCAACACACCUGGACAACAGCAGCCCCACAGCAACACACCUGGACAACACCAGCCCCACAGCAACACACCUGGACAACAGCAGCCCCACAGCAACACACCUGGACAACACCAGCCCCACAGCAACACACCUGGACAGCCCCACAGCAACACACCUGGACAACAGCAGCCCCACAGCAACACACCUGGACAACAGCAGCCCCACAGCAACACACCUGGACAACAGCAGCCCCACAGCAACACACCUGGACAACAGCAGCCCCACAGCAACACACCUGGACAACACCAGCCCCACAGCAACACACCUGGACAACAGCUGCCCCACAGCAACACACCUGGACAACACCACAGCAACACACCUGGACAACAGCAGCCCCACAGCAACACACCUGGACAACACCAGCCCCACAGCAACACACCUGGACAACAGCAGCAGACAGACAACAGACUGAGCUCAAUGACAUCUAGCAGACACAACAGGCCUGUCCAUCCUGUCCAUCCUGUCCAGCCCCUCAAAGACCUGCAGACAGAGCCCAGCCCCAUCCUGCGCCACAAGUCACUGCCCAGCAUUCUGGACAACGACAAGCUACAAGAGGUCAAGGUCAGACCUGAUGAGGUUAAAUCUGAAGAGGACCUCUGGUUAGCAAAGCCUCCACUUUCUCCAAGGUCAGGGCGACAUGCAAUCAGUCAAGGUCAGCUGCCCGGCCAAGUCAGGUCAGCGCAAGUGGUGCGGACACCUCCCCCCUCUCGCAGGAUUAUCCUACAACACAGGCAGCAGAGAGCCACACCCAACAUGACUGGAGACAGGGAGAGCAGGCCUUACCCCAGCAGCCCAGAGAUGGGGCCCCCCUCUGUCAGACAUGACAGGCCCCAGCCCCGCACUCCGCAGUUCCACCCCGGGACCUCUGUCAGCCAGUGGCCUGAGUACUCAACACAGGGCCCCUACAGUCAGCAGUCAGGCCCGACCCCAACCCCAGGCCUGACCCCAACCCAUAACCCCUACAGUCAUCAGUCAGGCCUGACCCCAACCCAUAACCCCUACAGGCAACAGGAACCAGACGUGACACAGCGUCAGAAAACGGUACACUUCCUGCCUGACCCCCCAGCGCAGUUACCAGUCAAUAGAGCAGCAAGCAAAGGGCAGCAACUCACCAACAAGGCUCGAGCUAGUGACAGAUACCCUCUCUUCUACGAUGAUGAGGACUGGGAAGAAGAGGGGGAGGAAUCAUUAGUGUAGUCUGGUCAGCUGGUGUGAGGAGUUUGUCCAUUGUUGACAUCUGUGAUACUGGCCCACCCAAUUACUGACCCUUCCCCCAUACAUCA